GUCAGAGCUCAGUCGCAGCUCUGUCCCCUGCUUAGGCGAUGUACAUUUUCUGGUCUCCCUAAACCGAGACAGAGGAUGAGAUUUGUGUCGAGGUUGGGUAACUCAUGCUAAGGUUUUUUCACAUUUUUGUAGUACAGGGCUUGUUCGACAUUGCAGCCGACUGUGCAAGCGACUGUCUACCGACUGAUCUACAAAUCACCUUGCGUCAUAAAUAACUACUCAUUAUUAUUUGUAGAGCAGUCAGUCAGUCACAAUUUACCCAUGAUACAUAACGGUUGAUCCUCUCGAACACGGCCACAAUCCUGCAUUUCUUAGACUUGAUAGAGUACUCGAUCAGUGGUCGGCAUUGCUGGAGCUUGCAUGCACCUUUUAACCACCGACAUAGACUAGACACCAAACCUGCUUUAUUUUAUGCUUUAGCAACCACCAUCGCUUUUUAUUAUAAUGGGUGUGGAAAUCGAAAUAAUAUCCCCAGGAGAUGCAAGGACUUUCCCAAAGAAGGGCCAGACGUGUGUCGUUCAUUACACAGGUAUGCUGCAAAAUGGAAAGAAGUUUGACUCUUCUCGAGACAGAAACAAGCCCUUCAAGUUCAAGAUCGGGCGACAGGAAGUCAUCAAGGGCUGGGAGGAAGGAAUCGCACAGAUGAGUGUGGGUCAGCGGGCAAAGAUCACCUGUACGCCUGACAUGGCUUAUGGAGUCACAGGUCACCCCGGGGUCAUCCCCCCUAAUGCCACCCUCAUCUUUGACGUUGAGCUCCUCAAGCUGGAGUGAGUGACCCCUCUCUGGGGUCAGGGGUGAAAGGUCAAAUGUGGCCUAAAAGGUCACUCACUACAUCCCUGUUUAGGGGGUAACAUUGCCCCACACCAUCGAGCAACCAACCCCCUCUGCUCCUUAGAUUUUUGUUGCAUCUUCAACUACUCAAUAAUUAAGGAUCUACUGCUUUGUUGCCAACUUAGUAUAAUUGGAGAUGGAUGCUGCCUGACGCUAAACUGAUUUUUUGACUUUUUACACACUCAUGAUACCAUAGUUUGGCUUCCUCUGUCAUAAUGUAUGUCCAUGAGCAUUGCUUUUUCCUUUUUUUAGGUUGUACAUUUUAUUUCAUCUGUAUGACAAAGAAACAUAGUAGAACCAUCCGACGAAGGACGUAAUAUAUUGCAAUGGAAUGUCACUGCCUUACUGUUUUCCAAAGCACAAAACAAGGUGUAACAGUACAACUACUCUGUAUCUCAGGAUUCCUUAACUCUGGUCCUGGAGAGCUACUGGGUGUGGCUAGGCUUUUGUUCCAGCCCAGUACUAAUGCAGAUUGAAGGUGUGUUAGUGUUGGUCUGGAUCAAAAGCCUGUACACUCCAGUAGCUCUCCAGAACGGGAGUUGUAGAACUCUGUCGUAUCUUGACUAGGCAUUACCAACCACUCUCUGCAUUGCCACUUUUGAUAAAGGUCUGUCCUGCUGAAAGCUUUAAAGGUUAGUAGUUUUCCUUGACCAUGACACCUGAGCAGGUAACACCAGCAGUGUAGUCAUUACACCAAUUCUGUUGCAAAACGUUUCUUAAAAAUGGAGGCAAACGGAACGAAACGGGGAGUGCCUAGCUAACUUUGUCCAUUAUAAACUUGUUUUAGUUGCAAAACUUUCUGGACUAAUGAUGAUUACACCCUGAUAACACUACAACUAGGGCCUGGUGUUGUUUCUGGUUAGCUCACAUGGUCAUGAAAAACCCUGUAUAAUGAUAACUGAGGUUUCUGUGUUUAGUACAUUUUGUAUCCAUCAAACAUUUACUGCAAGAAUACCACAGAUAUGACUAAAUGAAGGACAUCUGGAACACAAAUGCACUGUACAGUACUACUCUUACAACCCAUGGAUAGUUUGGAUACUAUGACUGUUUAAUCGAUCAACUCGUAAUAAAAACGGUGAGAACUUUGUUUAUUGAAAA